AUGGAACCUCCAGAGGAGCUGGAAUGCAGUUCAGAAGUAGCUCCUGUGAGACUAUCAGAGAACCUGGGGGUCGAACAGAAGCCUGCGGUUGAACCCCGGGGGCCAGAGAGGGUGAUCCCUGAAAGAGUGGUCUUACCUGUCGCACCACCGCCACAGGAGAAAGAUGGGGGAGAGCCGCUGGUCUUCCUGGAGGUGUUAAACCAGGAGAUGAAGAGUGAAUCCUUCCCUCACAACUUCACCGUUUGCUUCUCAACCAUGUUUGACUUCACCAACACACUGCAGCUGGUCCAGAGCAUCGAGAUGCUUCGACUCCUGGGUGUCACUCGAGUAGUCGUCUACAAGACCAACUGCAGUUCUAAAACACAGGUGCUAUUGGACUACUACCAAAACACAGGUCUUGUGGAGGUGAUUCCAUGGCACUUGUCCAGCCUGAUGAAUGUGUCUAGGGGUUGGCAGCCUCAGUACAGCCCCGGUCAGAUGCACUACUAUGGUCAGAUCCCUGCCCUGACUGACUGCGUCUACAGAUACAUGUACCGCUCCAAAUACCUGGCCCUCCACGAUAUGGAUGAGCUCAUACUGCCACAAACGGUGGACAGGUAG